AAUGGAAAAACCUAUUUAAAUUUAUGAAUUUUUCAAGUUAAACAUUAUGAUACUCAAUUUGAUUAAUGGACACUUAAUAUUGUGAAAGGAUAUUGAAAUGGAGCCUAAUUGGUCCCAAUUAUAACUGACUAUUAUAUCUACGGAUGUUUUUGGAGCUUCACCACACAUAUUAAUAGGAAAAUCCAAAUUGCAAAAUUUUCAUGCUUUGUUAGAUGUAUUUCAUAAAAUCUUACUCCUCUGCAAAAUUACAGGUAAGUAAAUUAAUGAUUAUAUAAAAGAAUACAUGCAUAUGGGGCUUCACGGAUAUAUAUUCAGUUCCAUUUCGCAUGAGUCUUUUUUUAAUUAGCCCGUUGGUUAUGCUUGAACCAAGCCACACGAGCUUUCCACUUGAAGAAACUAACACCAUUAUACCCAUAUUUAUACUCGGAUUAUUACUACUGGAUCACUCAAGAUUCACCCAAAAACUUAUCAAACCUUUGUCAGCAAUGGACAUAAUCAUGUUUAGUCCCUCCAACAGUCGUGAAAUUCUUUGUUUCUUGUUUCCUAACCUUAAAGUCCUUGCAGCAAUUGCUCUUUUUCUUGCGAUUUUCAUGUACCUUUCUUUGAAUUCCGAGCGUGUUUACCUGGUUGAUUUCUUGUGCUAUAAGGCACCUGAGACUCAUAGGGUUCCAAUCUCUAGUUUCAUAGAACACGAAGAGAUUUUGGGUGAAUUCAAUAGUGAAACUGUUGAAUUUCAAAGCAAAGUCCUCGAAAGAUCAGGUCUAGGACAUGAAUCUUACUUCCCUUCAGGUAUUCAUCUGAUUCCGACUGAUCAUUCAUUGAAGUCUACGCUUGAAGAAGUCGAGAUGGUGUUAUUUACAAUUGUUCAGAACCUCUUCGCCAAGCACAGGAUCGACCCAAAAAGCAUUGACAUUCUAAUCACAAAUUGUAGUCUUUCAUGCCCAACUCCUUCUCUAGCAUCAAUGGUGAUCAACAAGUUUGGAUUUAGAAGCAAUGUGAUGAGCUUCAAUCUGUCAGGAAUGGGGUGCAGCUGUGGUCUUCUUUCUAUAUCUUUAACUAGAGACCUCCUCAAAGUGCAUAACAACGUUUUAGCUCUAGUUCUUAGCACAGAAUCAAUAUGUUCCAACAUGUAUCAUGGAAAAGUCAAGUCUAUGCUGCUUGCAAACUGCUUGUUUAGAAUGGGGGGCGCUGCGAUUUUGCUGUCGAAUCGAAAAUGUGACAGGCAGCUUGCUAAGUAUGAGCUUAAGCAUCUUAUUAGAACUCAUCUGGGUUCUAAAGAUACCUCUUAUAAGUGUGUUGUCCAACAACCAGAUGAUGAAGGGUUCAUCGGAGUGUCUUUGUCAAGAUCAAUUCUACAAGUAGCCAGUGAAGGAUUGAAGACUAACAUGGCAGCAUUGGCUGCAUUGGUGCUACCUUACUCCGAGCUAAUCAAAUAUGGCCUAUCAGUUAUGUGGAAGAUCAUUUGGCCACCAGCAAAAAGGAGAGGUCCUUAUAUACCUAAUUUCAAGAAAGUUUUUGAUCAUUUUUGUGUUCAUGCAGGUGGGAAAACAGUGAUUGAUGCAAUAAAGGAGAGCCUUAAGUUGAAAAACAGGGACAUUGAAGGAUCAAAGAUGACACUCUUUAGGUUUGGGAACACUUCCUCAUCAUCAAUUUGGUAUACCUUAGCAUAUCUUGAGGCAAAAGGUAGGGUUAGAAAGGGUGAAAAUGUUUGGCAAUUAGCACUGGGGAGUGGAUUUAAAUGUAACAGUGCUGUUUGGAAGUGUAUUUCUAAGAUGAAACCAGAUGUUUCCAAUGUUUGGAUGGAUCGAAUUCAUCGGUAUCCAGUUGAGGUUCCUGAUGUGAUCGAUCAUUAAUAAAAUGUCUAAUUAGGAAUGUCAA